AUGGCUCGCAAAGUUCCGUUCAAGGUGGUGUUUGCCUCAGACGAGGACUCGGAUUAUCCGGCCAGCGAGCUGAACGGCCACAACCCAACCGUGCACGGUUGGCGUUCGAACGCGGACAGCUCCGUCAGCCCGAAAGAAAUCGUCCUGCGGUUCUUCCAUCCAGCCCGCAUCGUGCGGAUACAGGUCCUGGCGCAUCAGUACUACAUCCCGGAACGCAUCGAGCUAUGGAUCCACUAUUCGAGCAAAAGCGCCCCCAGCACGCCCUCGAGCCAGAGCUUCGAGUAUAUGGGCUUUGUGGCGUUGUCCGACAACGCCAGCACCAACUACACCUCGCGCGAACUCCAGAGCGUUACCGUCGCCCCAAAGGUGGGCUCUCACCUGAAGCUACGGUUGGGUCCAGCUCACCCAAACCAAUUCAACAAGGACAACCAGGUGGCGCUGUUGGCCAUCAACAUCCUCGGAGAGGAACUAACGGCUGAUGAACUAGCCGCAUCCCAGGGCAACGUGUCGGCGUUGCUAAAUGCCGUACCAGCCAACAUCGACACGCUAACCAGCUCGCUGGCAUCGGCCUGUGACGAUCUAUCGUACUCGAUGUACGUGGAGGAGAGCAUCUGUGAGGUGGUCCGCAAGAUGGAGCUCCUAAAAGUGCAAGCCGUGCAAGACGAACGCUUUGAGUACGCGAGGAAGCUGAAACUCUGCAUGGGAGCGCUCAGAACUGCUGGUGAGCGUCUGGGCCGAUAUGCACUGGCCAAACGACAGGCUGUCCAAGCGGAGGACUUCACGACGGCUCGGUUGCGCAAGGAGCAGAUCGAGAUGUACCGAAAGGCCGUCUUCGAUCAGCUGCGAGUCGAGUUGCUGCUGCAAAGCGACAAAAGCGUCACGAGUAAUGACUCCUGUUCGGAGCUGUACGCCUCCAAGCCAACGUUGCCUUCACCGCCCAGCUUGCAGGAUGUGGCCAGUGCACUGUCCGCUGAUUCCACGCUGCCCCACGCACACCACAUGCACACGCACGCUGGGCUAGAGGGUGCGAAAUUACCAGCCAGUGAUGCAACUGACUCCACCACCACCAGCAAUUCGGCGUCCGGUUCGAGCGCUGGAAGUGUUCCGGUAAAGCCCGAAGGACGUACUUCCCAGCAGAGUCUUACCAGACCGGACGAGAUGGCACACGGGUCACCGCUGUUGAGCCACAAGGGUCGUAGUCCGAUGCGAUCGCCCACGAAUACGGGAUCACUGCGACGUCGGAACAAGAGUGCUCCACGCAACAGCUACGAGGAUUACGACGAACGAGCGAUUCCUACGCUUAGCGCCCACACCAACGACUUCCUUCGCGAGUGUCAGGGUACGGCCAUCAUCGAACAGGAAGGUGGCAAGAUCCGUUGCAAGCUGAACGAUCGAGAACGCCGCCAGGCAGCGCUGCCGAUUCUGAUCUUUGGCAUGGAGCUAGUGGAGUUGAUCUACUCGCGACAGUUCACCGAUCGCGAGGAAGGUUUGAUACGCCUGCGUGGCAUCCUAAAGCAGGAGAUUGAACCAGAACCACAGCUCCAAGCGGCACAAGCUGGCCCGAAUAAGAUAUGCCGAGGUGCUACACUACUGCUGCAUCGAGGCGUACGCGAUGCGGUGUUCUCCGUGUUCAGCCAAGCCACGGAGUCAGUGCGGAGUCUUUUCAUGGAGUUCGUCCCUAAUCGUGUAUCAGCUAGUGAGGUAGCACGAUCAGUUGAUCGACUUCUACCUGAGCUGCUAUCGAAGAGUGGUGAUCCUUCCGCACGUGUGCACACACUCGCCCAACACACGAUCCUCAGUAUUGCGGCUUGUCCGGAAGUGCGUGAGCAACAUCUCAUCGCUCCAGCCCUUUCACGCCCUGUUGGCAACGGAACUCAUCCCCGGUUGGCGUUGAGUCGCAUGCAGAUGCUCGAACAGCUCGUCCUGAGUCAGGGCAUCUCAAACGACAAGCAGAGUGGGCUCGCCUGUCGGACACUCUCGGAGGCAGGCUGUUCCGGUAUCCACCAUCCGGCCGAAUCAGUGCGAAAGGUUGCCGAACGAGUCCUUCUACUGGUGUACAAGGUGAACCCGCGAUUGGUGCGCAAACAACUCCCACCGGAUGAUGAUGUCACUCGUCGGAACCUGCUCUACCGACAGCUCUUCACAGAGUUCGAUAAGAUUGAUCUCCAGCGCAAGAAGGAAAUGCUGGAGAAUAAGCAGUUCUGUGGACCGUCGUCAUUCGCCGGCAUCUGCUCACCACCGAUGUCCAGCAGCUCGAAGAGCUCACCACCGGUGGAGAUCCGUAACAAGAACCUGCGCUACGAUGGCCGCACGAUCGUCAGUUUCUCCGACACGCAGACCAGUUGGCAGUCUAGUUUCAGUUCCAUGAAAUUGCAGGAUACCAACUCGAGCCCGGUCCGGCGGCUGGACGCGACGACUGCGGGCAUCAUCAAGAGCAAGAGUGGCCACGCGAUUGGACAUCAUGCGCCAUGGGCUACCGUGGAACCUCCCGUGACGGUGGUAUCCGCAGAUGACACCUCAGGCCGGGACAGCAAUGGAAGCGCAACCUACUACGAUAAGCUGGACGUUGGGAGCGCGCACUGCAACGGGAAGGAUCGCACGAAGCUGUCCCAACACAAGACGGCUAUGUACGACAGCACGAUCGGGUUCCUGCCGGGAACGGGUCCUGAGAAUGGUGCUGGAUCACGCAAGAGCUCGAAUUCGGACUCGUUCGAAGGGAUGGAGAACGAGCUACGAUGUCCUUUUUGCGAUUGGAUCUGUCACGGGGACCCAACUCAGCUGGAUAAGCACUACUGGAAGGCAUGCCCCGUGCUCACCAAAUGUCCUCAGUGCAGCCAGAUCCUGGAGGUGGCGGCCUUGUCCGGGCAUCUGAUACAUGAGUGUGAGGCCAAAACGAGCUAUUUGUCGUGCGAACGAUGCACGGAAUCGGUACACAAGGACCUCUACGAGUACCACCUGAUGGAGGACUUCUGCAGAGAGUUAACGACGGGUGCUGCCCGAUGCCCUCUGUGUCAUGACGAUGUUCUGCUUCCGCUGGAUGGUGGCUGGAAGCGGCACCUACUCAGCCGUGCCGGAUGCCUCGGUAACACCCGACGCCGUGCACCGACACAGUGAUGGCGGCCAGGCGUCCAUUUUUCCCAUUUUUUCCAAUCAAAUACUCCAGGUGCACGAACUAGGUAGACACAUAAUGCAAUCAGUGGUGUUAGCGUAAAACGUGGUGGUGGCUUUUUACGAUCGAUCUUUGAGUGUGGGGGCGAAAUUUAGCUGAAUUAGAACAAAAAACCAGGAUCAUCGGAUCGGCAGGAUAUGCAGGACCAGCGACGAAGGAAUGUGAGUGCUUGCGAGCUAAAGCGCAGAGGUUAGCAGUUAUUUUGUACACGAGCACAGUUUGGUUGCCGCCAAAGGGAAUGCGAAUCCAUUGCGAAAAAGCGAUGCUAUUAUGCAGUUGCAAGUGCACACGCACUCGUUCGUCUCCUCCGGGCGGAGGGGAAUUUCUACACCCACACCUACACGAAACAUUACACACAGGGCCACAGCUGUAACGCAGAAGACUUUUUUCGACUCGCCAGGGCUCAGCCAGCGCUGCAUAUAUUCGCCAUUUACCACUGGCGGGCAAGCUCUCUAUUUUUCUCCUUCUCUCGCAUGCGAGUGACAACCUCCCUCAGGCAGCGAGCUUUCGCUGGGAGCGAUCGAUUGGAUCCUCCGGAGGGACUACUAUUAGCCGUUUUACUAACUUUUAUCGGUAGCAUAAUUUUGUUGUCUAGAUUUUUUAAAACGAAUUACGAACGAAUCAACCGCAACGCAGGUAUUAUGGGUAGCGUGGAGAGCCACAGUUAAUCUAAUCAAUCAAACCAAAUUCUGAUCUCAAGCGUCGCGUAUCGCGCGCCAAUCGAAAUCGAUAUGUCCAGCCUCGACGAAUUCGGAACAAGUAAACUUAUUUCCCGUCCUUUACGAAGAAGAAAUCAUCAAUAAAGAGAAAAAGUCGAACCAAAAAUUAAACUUAAACACACUUAAACCUGGCCGUUGGCUUCUGGGAGUUCUGAUUUU